UUCUGCAGCUCCGCGGCAGCUAGAGCCUCUGUUCCACAGGAUGGGGUUUGUUAAAGCUGUCAAGAAUAAGGCCCACUUCCGGAGAUACCAAGUGAAAUUUAGAAGACGGCGAGAGGGCAAAACUGACGACUAUGCUUGGAAACGAUUGGUAAUCCAAGAUAAAAAUAAGUACGACACAGCCAAAUACAGAGUGACAGUACAUGUAACCAACAGAGACAUCAUUUGUCAGAUCGCUUAUGCCCGUAUAGAAGGAGAUACGAUAGUUUUUGCAGCCUGUGCUCGCGAGCUCCCAAAGUAUGGCGUGCGGGUCGGCUGGACAAAUUCUACUGCCCUGCUGCUGGCUAAUAGGUUUGGUACGGACAAAAUUUACGAGGGCCGAGUCGAGGGGGCUGGAGAGAAAUGCAAAGCAGAGAGCAUGGAAGGUCAACGUGCUGCCUUCACCUGUUACUUGGAUGCAGGGUUUGCCAGGGCUACCUCUGGGAAUAAAGUCUUUGGGGCCCUGAAGGGAGCUGUAAAUGGAGGCGGGUCUCUCCUUCACAGUACCAAAGGGUUCCCUGGUUAUGAUUCAAAAAGCAAAGAAUUCAAAGCGGAGGUACACCGAAAGCACAUCGUGCAGCAGAACGUUGCAGAUUAUUUGCGUUACCUGAUUGAAGAAGGCGAAGACACUUGCGAAAAACUAUUCUCUCAAUACAUAAAGAACGACGGAACUCCAGACGUGACGGAGGACAUGUAUAAGAAAGCUCAUGCUGCAAUACGAGAGGAUCCAGUGAAUGAGAAAAAGCCUGAGAAAGAAGUUAAAGAGGUGGAACUGUCCAAAAAUGUCCCUUGCCCAGAAGAAAGAUGGGGGAGCUCAGUAGGCAAGCUUCCUUAG